CGGGCUCGCGGCCCGGAAGCGGAAACGAAUGUCCAUUUCCGGGCGGCUGAUUCGAGGGCUUGUUUUGUCCCAAGCAACGCCUCAGACGGGUUGCAACCUGUAGGGCCAUGCCUUCCGAAGGCCGCUGCUGGGAGACCCUGCAGGCGCUGCGCAGUUCUGACAAAGGCCGCCUCUCCUACCACCGUGACUGGCCGCUGCGAGGCGAGGAUAUUUUAGAAGAAUGUAUGUCUCUUCCGAAGCUAUCUGCUUACUCCGGAUGGGUGGUAGAUCAUGUCUUACCCCAUACAGAAGAGAACUCACUACCCUCUGAGACAUCAACAUCGUCUGAAUCUACUUCAGCCCUAGACCAACCCUCAUUUGUUCCCAAAUCUCCUAUCAGAAACCCUGCAUUCUCAACAGCUUCCCUCACAAUGCCAGAUGGAACCAAGGGCAAACAUGAAUCCCAGCAUAUGGAAUCUAUGCUGCUUCAGUCCUCCCGGGGCAUCAAAGUGGAAGGCUGCAUCCGGAUGUAUGAGUUGGUACACAGAAUGAAAGGAACAGAGGGCCUGAGGCAAUGGCAGGAGGAACAGGAGAGGAAGGUGCGAGCCCUCUCUGAGAUGGCAUCUGAACAACUGAAGAGGUUUGAUGAACGGAAGGAAUUGAAGCAGCAUAAAGAAUUCCAGGACUUACGGGAUGUCAUGGAGAAGAGUACCAGAGAAGCCCUGGGGCACCAGGAGAAGCUGAAAGCUGAGCACCGACACAGAGCAAAGAUUCUGAACCUGAAGCUGCGGGAGGCAGAGCAACAGCGCCUGAAGCAAGUGGAGCAGGAGCGACUUCGGAAGGAAGAAGGCCAGAUCCGCCUGCGGAGCCUCUAUGCACUGCAGGAGGAGAUGCUGCACCUCAACCAGCAGCUGGACUCCUCCAGCCAUCACAAAGACCUGCUCAAGAUAGACCUGUCUGCCUUCUGGACCCGAGGCAAUCAGCUGUGCAGCCUCAUCUCAGGGAUCAUUCGGACAGCUUCUGAGAAUGACUUUCCUACAGCAGAGGACCAAGCUAUGGCUGAGCAAGCUCUGCAGGAAAUGCAGGACCUCCUUACAAACUUGCAGCAGGAGAUCACCAGAGCCUGUGAAGACAAGCGAAGGCAGGAUGAAGAGGAGGCUGUCCAGGUAAAACAGCAAGAAUCACAGGCGCAGCAGAGGCCAGAGGUCCAGAAAGAGUCCCCAGCUCCCAGCCAGGGCCCAGGAGGGAAACAGAAUGAAGAUCUCCAGCUGAAAGUACAAGACAGUACGAUGCAGUGGUACCAGCAGCUGCAGGAUGCUUCCAGUCAGUGUGUGUUGGCCUUUGAGGGACUGACCAGCAGCAAGGACAGUCAGACCAAAAAGAUAAAGAUGGACCUCCAGAAGGCUGCCACCAUCCCAGUGAGCCAAAUUUCCACCAUUGCAGGCUCGAAGCUGAAGGAAAUCUUCGACAAGAUCCACAGCUUGCUCUCUGGAAAACCUGUUCAGUCUGCUGGACGCUCUGUGUCUGUCACACUUAACCCACAGGGACUGGACUUUGUCCAAUACAAACUGGCAGAGAAAUUUGUGAAACAAGGAGAGGAAGAGGUAGCCUCUCAUCAUGAAGCAGCAUUCCCCAUCGCAGUUGUGGCAUCUGGGAUCUGGGAACUCCACCCUAGAGUGGGGGACCUCAUUCUUGCUCAUCUACAUAAGAAGUGUCCUUACUCAGUUCCUUUCUAUCCACCUUUCAAGGAGGGAAUGGCUUUGGAAGACUAUCAGAGGAUGCUUGGCUACCAAGUAAAGGAUUCCAAAAUGGAACAGCAGGACAACUUUCUAAAACGCAUGUCUGGGAUGAUCCGUCUCUAUGCUGCCAUCAUCCAGCUCCGGUGGCCAUAUGGAAACCGACAAGAGAUUCACCCUCAUGGCUUAAACCAUGGCUGGCGCUGGUUGGCACAGAUCUUAAACAUGGAGCCCCUGUCAGAUGUGACAGCCACCCUACUCUUUGACUUCUUGGAGGUGUGUGGCAAUGCCCUCAUGAAGCAAUACCAGGUCCAGUUCUGGAAGAUGCUACUUCUCAUCAAAGAAGACUACUUCCCCAGAAUUGAAGCCAUCACAAGCUCAGGACAGAUGGGUUCCUUCAUACGCCUCAAACAGUUCUUGGAGAAAUGUUUGCAGCGCAAGGAGAUUCCUCUCCCCAAGGGCUUUCUGACAUCUUCCUUCUGGCGCUCCUGAUGUCAGCUCCAUCAUCGCCCAUCGUCACUAUUAUGUUGCUCAAUUUACAAAGAGACAAUAAUAAAACAACUGAAGACGGCUGUAUUUGGGAGAAGUCAUGUCAGAUUUAGAAAUCUAUCAGUAUAUGUUUUUAUAUACUUGUAUUGUAUGGCCAGGAGAGGGGAUUUUCAUGGGUCACAAAAUCUAGGAGGUCCCUUAGUAGAUUUGGUAGCUUCUCAAGAGGUUCACAUGAGAGCGUAAAUUGUAUUGGCCUUACUCAGUUCUGUGAAGGUUAUUAGAAAUUAUGAGAAGAGGUGUUUAGCACUUACUCUUAUCCUUUAUUUCCUUUGUCUCUAGUAUAUUUCAGAAAAUAGGUGAUAACUUUAUUUAACUCUCAGCUGGAGUCCACCACUUUCACUCUUCUUCCCACCCCUAUUCAAAUGAAUUCCCAGGAAGAGCAAAGACUCAUGAGGUCCCCCUUUAAAAUGUACUUUAAUAGUUGAGGACCAAAUCUUUACAUGCAAGUUUGGGUUAUGGUUGGUUUGCCUUCCUCAGCUUGUGAAGUAGAUGUAAAUUCAGGGGAAAAGUGUUAUGUAGACAUGGACUACAGCCAGACUGCAUCAGGGAUGGCUGAGUGUCUGGGAUUAGGACUGUUAACACGUGUUAUGUUGAACUAAGAAGCACUGUUUGUUCUCUUAAUGGAUGCUAGGGAUGCAUGACCCAGGGUAGGUACCUAUUUUUUUGUUUUUCAGUUUCCAGUAAGAUGGGCUGAGAUGGAGCUUUCAACAUUAUACAUGACCUGAACAUCUAUAAGUAAUGAAUCAGGGUUAAAUAAGGAUGUUAGGGAGGAAUUGAAACUGCAUUACCAUUUUUCACAUGUUCUGAAUAAUGAAAGAUGAUAAAUUUGCCUGACGAAAGCCACUGAAAAAUCCAGAGCUUGGCUAUUCAGCUAAGAGAUGAGGUUUGUUUUAUCAGAGGCAGCAGCCAUGGAUGUUUUCCUCUAUGCUAAAUGUCAUGUAUUUGGGUGGGUGUGUAUGUGGGUGGGCGGGUGUUCACUAUACUCUGGAGUGACUUAAAGUCACCCAUUCUAUGAAUUGUUGACUGCAGUGCCAAAAAUUGAGUAAUAAAGCUUGAUCUUUUUAAAACCCACUGCUGACAUAUAGUUGGUUCAGUAUGAUGAAUUUCCUGUGCCUUGAGCUAUGUAAAUCAUUAGCGUCAUGGCAGUGCACAAGACUAGGUAUGUAGUAUGCAUUUUUCCUCUUUUUUUUUUUUUUUGUCUUCUUGAUCUUCACCUUGGACAAAUUGUUUCUUUUUCUGUCAUUCCUUUUUUGGAAGUAUGCAGCAAUAAGUGACCCUAUUUUAUCUAGGAGACGUGAUAGUAUUAAAGUCUUUUAACGUAGACAAUGGAAUGAACACUGUGGAAGGAGUCAGGAGACCUGUGCUCAAUUCACUUUUAGGUUUUGUGGCCUUGGGUAGGUCAUUUACCCUCUCUGAACCUCAGUACCCCCACCCCCCACCUGUAAAACUAAAGAAUUGGACUAGUCACUAGAUCAGUAGUUUUGAAAUUGUUCUCUGUAGCAGUGUCUUAGGACUGAGCUUCUCAGCUGGCGUGUUAAUGACGCGCUGAUCUUAAGCCCAUGGGGUUCCCAGAAGUGGCCUUCAAUAGACGGAGCCCCCAGGCCAGCUGACAUUUUCACUUUUUCUCUUUACCUGUGCCUUACAAAUAGCAUCAUUUUCUGUGUGUAUCAUGUAAGGGAACAGAUUGGGAAGUACCAACUUAAGGAAGAGAGGGGUGUUGAGUGUUGCAUUGACAUGGCUCAGCCCUACCGUCAGUGAACGUACGGAGGUUUUGUGCAGAUUAGAAAAAGGCAUCCCUUCCUUCAACAUACUGCUUCCAUCUGCUGGAAUAUUAUCUUACUAAUAAUUAUAAAAAUCUAUGAUACUGGGAGGUAUGUGGUACCCAUUAGAGUUGUGCAGUUCACAUUUUACACAGCCAUUAAGUGGGGCCCUAAUGGAGCUCUGGGAUCCUCUCUGCCGUAACAUUUCUGCCUUAUGUGCUUUAUAUAUUUGGGUUCCAUGUAAGAUUAUAUAUGGGAAAAAGUUCUACUGCUAAAAAUGAAAUGUGAAAAAUCACUGGACAAAGUGAUCUCUAAAGUCACUUCCACUUUGAAUUUCUACCACCCCACAGAAAACACCUCUCAUAAUAUUUGAAUAUUCUUUCUCUAGAUAUAAUUAACAGUCUUGCAUAUGUCAUUCGAUGUUUGGUAUUCUUCAUGAAUCUCAACAGUAAACCAAGAAAGGAGAACACUUGGGAGGCCAGGUUUUUGAUAACUCACUGACAGUGUCACCCUCAUAGAUAAUGAUUCUAGCGGAUAAGAUGUAACUCCUGAUGGGUAGUAGCAUCAGAUUAUUUAAAGUAGAAUACUAAGGGCAGCAUUUAGUUUUUAAUUCUAGUACUUUCAAGCUUGACCUCAUUUCUCAGGCUGAGUGCCCAUAUUUUUGUCAUAUCAUUGUCCUACAUCAUCUUAAAGCAAACUUGAUGAAUUGAAAAUUCCAGUAAGACAGAAACUCUACACAUCCCUUGUAUAGAAGAAAUGAAUUGUUCUUCUGGGGAUUUCCCACCCAGGCCCUAGGAGCCUUCUACUUCUCAAGCUUCCUAUGAUGAUAGCAGUGACAUAAUUAGGUUUGGAUGUCUUAUCUCAGUGCCAGGACAGCCAAAAUGGAGCCACAGAACUUCUUACAGAUGCCUUGUCAGAGCUGGUCAUUCACCUGCCUUUCCUCUGUUCCGUCUAAUAAAUCCCUGGUAUUAGAUUUCCUGUGGACCUGUAGAAAGCAGAUGAGUUGUAGACCUCCACCUCUAUGAUUAAUUUACAAAAACAUCCACUAUAUAGGAACUUAUCCUCUAGUUUACAACCAGGCUCUAUUUUAUUUUUUUAAUAUCAGUUUACACAGAUUUAUGUAUUCAAGAAACUUUUUUUAAACUCCUUCGGGAUGCUUAUAUUAAAUGCAACACAUGGUCCUGGAUUGGAACCUGGACCAGAAAAAAAGAAUUUUCGUUUUUUGCUAUGAAGAACCUUGGGAUAAUAUGCAAAACUUGAAUAAAGUCUAUAUUAGGUAAUAGUAUUAAGUCAACAUUAAUUUCAUGAUAGUCAUAAUUGUACUAUGGUUAUGAAAAUAAAUGUCCUUGCUCUUAGGAGAUAUGCAUGGAAGUACUUAGGGAUAAAUGGACAUAUCUGCAACAUAUUCUCAAAUGGUUCAAGGGGAAAUACAUCAAAUACAUAUACAUACAUAGAAUGAUAAAGCAAACAGUAAAAUGUUAACAACUGGGGAAUCUGGGUGAAGGGUAUAUGGAAGUUCUUUCUACUAUUCAUGUAACUUUUAUGUAAAUUAAAAAUUAUUUCAAAAUUAAAAGAUACUCCUUUCCCUCCCCCCUCAAAAGAAAAAGAUUUUUACUUUUCAGAAAAAGUUCUGAUGAGAUAACAAAAUCGAACUCCAGCACCUACAACCCUGAAAGGAAGACCCUGGUGGCUAAGGAAGGAGCCCUGCUGGUGCAGUGGUUAAAGCUCUCGGCUGCUAACUGAAAGGUUGGCAGUUUAAAACCACCAGCCGCUCCAU